GCCCCUUAUCCGCUCCGAGCCAGCUGCGCGAGGAUUCCGUCCCGCUCGAUCACCGCGCUCCCUCCCGUCCCCCCCCCCCCCCCCCCCCCGCGCCGGCGGCAGCGGACCCGUCCGUCCGAGCACCCACGGCCCCACCCAGCCGCCGCGGGCCGGACCCGCCCGUCAACCGAGAGCAGAAGGCCGACGAUGGCCUGCCCCGCCGCCACCACGGCUCGCAUCGGGUGCCUGUGGAGGAGCGAGGGGAUCGCCGGCUCCGCGUCCCCGCGCCGGAGCCGCCCGGCGCGGGACACGAGGGCGCGCGCCUCGGAGCUGCAGCAGGCGCCCCGCCCGCCGUCCGCCGCCGCCGCCGUCCCCACUCACAAGGUCACAGUCCACGACCGCCAGCGCGGGGUCGUCCACGAGUUCGUCGUGCCCGAGGACCAGUACAUUCUGCACACCGCGGAGGCGCAGGACAUCAGGCUGCCGUUCGCGUGCCGGCACGGAUUUGAAGCACUGUCUUCACCAUAUGGAAGCUCUUGCUUGUACCUGGCAUCGACCAAGGAGGUGGGCUGGAGAGGCAAUAUACAAAAGUUGUCCAGUCAGACUGUUAAGAGUUGUUGUACAAGCUGUGCAGUCCGGAUAAAAUCAGGACAAAUUAGACAACCUGAAGCACUUGGGAUAUCUGCAGAACUAAAAGAUCAGGGCUAUGCCUUGUUGUGUGUUGGCUUCCCAUCUGGUGAUGUCAAAGUCGAGACUCAAGAUGAAGAUGAGGUAUAUUGGCUCCAAUUCGGGAGAUAUUUUGCAAGAGGGCCUGUGGAAAGAGACGAUUAUGCGCUAGAACUUGCAAUGGGAGACGAGUGAGCAGUGCCUAAGAGGUCGUG